CAAGUUAAGCAUACUUCAAAUAUAAACAUCCAAAUGUUGUUAUGCAGAGUUCAAAACCCAUGAGAAGAAGAGCUUAAAAAAAUGAAUAGAAAUGGAUAAAAUUGAAAAUUCUGGCGAUUUUCUGAUAAAAAUAGUUGCUGUAUGAAUCAUAAAUAUAAAAAGUUAGUGAUAUGAACCGAGCUGCACAAGUUUUAAAAGAUGUGCAAGAAGCUUGCAAAACAUUGGAAAAUAAUCUAAAUGAGGUAGAAAGGAGGCAUAAACAGUUGCAAGAUAUUGGUUACUUAGAAUUUUCAUUAAAUAAAAAAGACGAUGAACUUAUGAGAAUUAGGAAAAAUGUGAACAAAAAAAUUCAAGAAAUAGAAUCAGAAAUUCAAGUUGAACUUCAGGAGAAAUCAAAGUAUUUGCAAAAGACAGAAAAGAAAGCAAAAUCAUCUCUGUCUCAAAGGCAGAGAGUCCUUUUACAUCAAAAACAAUUUUCAUCAACUGAAAAUAAAACUGUUACAUCACACGGAGCUAAGCAUUUACAUUCAAAUGUUUUUACAAGCGCAGUUUCAAAUUCAAAAUUUAAAAAGACUACCGAAAAAAAUUCAAUGUCGAAAUUUUCAUCAAAAAAAGUGUUUGAUCAGUUUAUUACACAGCAUUUACUUGGAAAUCAGCCACAAAGAGUGCAUUUACGAUCACCAUCAAAAUCACCAGUAAAAGUUCAGCAAGGAGGUGUUCUAAAGUUGGCUAAUAAUGUUAUCAAUGAUUCCAUUCCAAUUAAAAUAUCUUGUAACAAAGAAAACUUUCAUCCUCAGUUAAACUUAUCAUUAAAUCCAGCAUUUCAUAAUUGUCUUAUUAAUGAUGAUGUCCUUGGCACAGCUAUACCUUUAGCUAGACCAAAUCAAGAUCCUAAGUGCAGACUUUCAUUAUUUUAUGAACAUCACAGUGAUGAAAAAAAAAUCAAAACUAAUGAUUUAAAAAAGGUGAAAGGACCAAAUGUAGCUGUUAUUAACAUGAGAUCGGAUUCAUUUUCGGAAAUUGAGCCGUUAUCAAAUGUUAAGUCACGCUUGAAGGCUAAAGUUAGACAAAAAAUAAGAAAUAAACUGAAAAUAAGUGUGCAGAAUUUACCAAACAUCGAUAUUGACAGCAAUCUCUUCUCUUCUUCUUCUUCUACAAGUAAUAUAACAUGCAUCACAAAUAAUCAAUCAAAGGAUUCAAAUAAUGAAAAUAAAGAAUAUGAUAUCAAAGAUGAUCUUUCUUAUCACUUUCAAGCAUAUGAUCAUAUGAAAGAUAAUACAAAAGAAAAAAUAGUUGAUGAUGAAAGUGAAAAGUUUUUAAACGAUGAUGGUUUUCUUAUAUCUGGUUGUCAACAAGAUAAACCUAAAAUGGAAAAUGGUCCAGCUUUUCCUCCAACACAUGUUCAAAAUCAAACAUUGUCUAACAUUCCAACUUUAUCAUCUAAUCAAUUAAAAAUGCAUGCCCAAGAAUGGUUAGAGCAUGAGUUGCUUUCUCGAAUUGUUCAAUUGAAUGAUAAAGGUAUUGAUCCAACACUAAAAGAAGUUGCUGAUUCAAUCAAAGUACAAAGUGUCUUUAAUGAGGAGGAAGAUAAUGAAAACCCAAGAGAUUGGAUAGAGAAUAUUAUUGGACUAAAAGGUCUUCAAAUGUUUGUGGAAGCUGGGGUUCCUAUUGACAGUAAUCUUGUAGAUGAAUUAAUACGUAGUGUUUUGUUAGAUAUGUUAGUCGCUAUGUAUGGACAUCCACCUCAGUUUAUUACUGAGAAUAGUAAAAAUUUUCAAACCAUUAAUUCAAUAAGCACCACACCAAUUUCUACACCUAUACAUACUCCAACACCCACUAAAUCACCGGUAGCUUCUACAUUGACUGUUUUGGCAACUCCAGAAAAAAGCAUUUCUGAAUUAUCCGAGCAGUUGAUAGACAAUAUUGAAUAUUUUGAAGAACCUGUGUUUCCAGAUACAGUAAAUCAGAACCAUUCCCUCGUCACCAUAGAAACACCAUCCUCUUCUAUUUGUUUGACUGAAAAUGAAAAGAACUAUGUAGAAACACCUGAAGCUUCACUUUGUAUACCUGAAGAAUUAAAUCAUACUCAUGUGGAUACACCAAAGCAAACACUAUCAUCUGUCGAAUCUUUAAUGAAACAAGAGAGUUUAUCUAUCUCAAAAAGUUCAUUAUAUGAAAAUAAAGAUGCCAGUUUUGGUUCUCAUCUAAAAUCAGUUACACAAAGAGAGCAUGUUGCACCAAUCUCUCCUGUAUCUAUAAAUGAAACAACAAGUAUUUCAACUGAAACACCUACAACAUCUGUUGGAAUAAGUACCUUUGAGGGAAUAUCUGUUGGUGAGCUUUUGAAUCCUUCACAUUCAGAGAUUUAUGAUGGAGUAUCAGAAGGAGAGUUAGGCUUUCCUCUGGGAGUAAAGAUUUCUAAUCUUUUGCAUGAAUAUCCUGAAGAUUUGAAAGAAUACAGCUGUGACACAAAAAUGAUUUUAAAAAAAAUGAUUGGAUCAUGUCACUCAAAAACAAUAGAAAAAAAAGAAAGCGUUUCUAAAAUGACCGAUUCUUCAAUAGGAGAAUACAAAGAAAAAUCUUUAGGAGAAUCUUUUAAAGACAAAUCACGGAAUAAUAAUGAUUAUUUUGAGUUUGAUCUUUCAGCUGAUCCUCAAAAGAGUGCUGGAGAGAUUCUUUAUGAAAUGCUGAUUCCACCUAAAAAUGCAUCCAAUAAUAUUGCAGAUGGUGGUAAAAAAAUACAGUUACAGCCUCAGAUUAUGCAUUUGGAUGGUAUGUUUAAACCUACAGUAAAGAAGAACCAUAUAGACUCCAAUAAUUUUUUGCAAUAUGAAUCAACCAUCAGAAGUGAAGGAGAAAUUAACUCGAAUGUUCAAGAUAAAUAUACAAAAAACGUUAAUUCAACCGAUGAUAUCACUCUAAUAGAUGAUGAUUUAAGUCAAUACGAAUUAUCCUCGUAAACCUAUGGUCCAAUUGAGUGAUAUAUGGGUUUUGACAAUAAACCUUUGUUUUUAUAGGAUUUUAUUGAGGUUUAUUAACUUUUUAGUAUAACUUUUUAUUAUUUAUUUGAAUUCAAAGAAUUUUUAUUUAUGUAAUAUAGAAAUAUGAUAAUAUCGAAUAACAUGAUUCAUAAUUUGUUUUAA